GUUCCAAGUGGGAGUUUCUCGUUUCAGCUGCUCUGCUGAGAGGGCUUGCUGGCUGCUCUGCCCUUUUGCCCGUCUCGCCCGGUCUAGCCCUCCACCUCGCAGGUUCUUUCUGUGGUUUUCAAUAAACUUCCAGGUGAACUAUGAAAGAUUAUGAUGAGCUUCUCAAAUACUAUGAAUUAUAUGAAACUAUCGGGACAGGUGGCUUUGCAAAGGUCAAACUUGCCUGCCAUAUCCUCACUGGAGAAAUGGUGGCUAUAAAAAUCAUGGAUAAAAAUGCACUAGGGAGUGACCUGCCUCGGGUCAAAACAGAGAUUGAUGCCUUGAAGAAUCUGAGACACCAGCACAUAUGUCAACUCUACCAUGUGCUAGAAACAACCAACAAAAUAUUCAUAGUUCUUGAGUACUGUCCUGGCGGAGAGCUGUUUGACUACAUAAUUUCCCAGGAUCGCCUGUCAGAAGAGGAGACCCGGGUCGUCUUCCGCCAGAUAGUAGCUGCAGUUGCUUACGUGCACAGCCGGGGUUAUGCUCACAGGGACCUCAAACCAGAGAAUUUCUUAUUUGACGAACAUCAUAAAGUAAAGAUGAUUGACUUUGGUCUCUGUGCAAAACCUAAGGGUAAUAAGGAUUACCUUCUACAGACGUGCUGUGGGAGUCUCGCUUAUGCAGCACCUGAGUUAAUACAAGGCAAAUCAUAUCUUGGAUCAGAGGCUGAUGUUUGGAGCAUGGGCAUACUCUUAUAUGUUCUUAUGUGUGGAUUUCUACCAUUUGAUGAUGAUAAUGUUAUGGCUUUGUACAAGAAGAUUGUGGCGUGCAGUAUGCAAGAGUGUAGGAUCAGGGGGCUUCCAUCCAGAUGUCAGAAGAAGGCCUGGGAUGCCAAGCAGCGUGCAUCUGAGGGCAAUAUGUGA